CUGAAAAGUAAACCCGUAAAGUAAAAGGAGGCCAGGUGGAAGAGAGAAGUUUGGGCUGACCGAGGAAAGGCUCACACACUGCUGUCAUCUGCCCGGCGCUGUGAGGACACGUGGCUCUGCAUCAUGGCUCAGCAGCUGGGGGACGCAGUGGCCGACAUGAGUCUAGGAGAGAUCUACACCUCAGAGAAGCAUGGGAGUGAUGAGACAGGUGAUGGCACAGAGGCCAGGCCAUACAAGACAGCCAUGCAGGCCUUGCGCAAGGCUGGCAAGGAGCCCUUCCCCACCAUCUAUGUGGACGGCAAGGAGGACAACCAGGCUGUGGCAGAGGGAGGAGGGACAGACCUGAAUCCUUGUCUGGAGGCAUUAGACCAACAUUUGAGUCAGUACAGUUACAUAGGGGGCCACACCCCAUCCCAGGCCGACGCAGUGGUACAUACCCGGCUAGCAGGCUCGCCACACACUAGUAAUGGCCCAGCCCACCCCUCCCUUCCUCACUUCAUGCGCUGGUACAAGCACAUGACGAGCUUUGGUGAAGGAGUCAGAGAUUUCCCGUCGUCUGACAUGAGCGUUCUCAGUCAGUUCAACUUGCCGAGUGCCAGAAUACCCCAGAAAUACACAGUCAUAGCAAAAAGCCAGCUUAAAAAGAUAACCAAGCUAUGGAAAGAUGAAUGCAAGAAACUGGAAGCACGCCUGCAGAAGGAGAAGGAGGACGAAGAGAAGCGUGCCAAGGCCUUGGAGGAGGCGCGGAAGGUCACCAUAGCAGAGGACAAGAGUCUGCCGGCUGCCACCUGCAUACAAAUUCUUAACGGCAAGGACCAUCGGACGCAACGAGUGAAGGUGUACGGCUGGGUCCACCGACUCAGGAGGCAGGGCAAGAACAUGAUGUUUUUGGUGCUGCGUGACGGCACGGGCUUCCUGCAGUGUGUGUUGACGGACAGGCUGUGUCAGACGUACGAGGCCAUCAUCCUGAACACCGAGAGCAGUGUGGUGCUGUACGGCAUGCUGCAGGAAGUGCCUGAAGGGAAGGAGGCACCGGGCGGCCACGAGCUUCAGGUGGACUUCUGGGAGCUGAUUGGUGAUUCGCCUGCUGGUGGUGCGGAGGCAGAGAUCAACCAGCUGUCCAACCCUGAUGUGCAGCUGGACAAGCGCCACCUUAUGAUCAGGGGAGAAAACUGCUCCAAGGUGUUAAGGCUGCGGUCCAUCCUGAUGAAGGCAUUUGUGGACCACUACAGUGACCGCGGCUACGACUGGAUGUCUCCGCCCACCAUGGUGCAGACACAGUGCGAGGGCGGGUCAACGCUCUUUGACUUCAGCUUCUUUGGCGAGAAGGCGUACCUCACCCAGUCCAGCCAGCUGUACCUGGAAACCUGCCUCCCAAGUUUUGGUGAUGUGUUUUGCAUCGAACAGUCCUACAGAGCAGAACAGUCUCGGACGCGCCGCCACCUGGCCUCCUACACACACGUGGAGGCCGAGUGUCCCUUCAUCACCUUCAGCGACCUUCUAGACCGCAUUGAAGAUUUGGUGUGUGAUGUGGUGGAUAGAGUGUUGAAGCAUCCUAUUGGAGGUCAGUUAAUGAAGGACUUGCAUCCGGAGUUUGUGGCACCCACUCGACCCUUCAUGAGGAUGGCAUACGCUGACGCCAUCAAGUACCUGAAGGAACACAACAUUACCAAGGAGGACGGGACCUUUUACGAGUUUGGUGAGGACAUCCCGGAAAUGCCUGAGAGGAAAAUGACGGACAUGAUCGGCAAGCCCAUCCUGCUGAACUCCUUCCCAGCAGGCAUCAAGGCGUUCUACAUGUCCCGCUGUGCUGACGACCGCUCCCUCACUGAGUCUGUUGACCUCCUGAUGCCCAACGUUGGGGAGAUUGUCGGUGGGUCAAUGAGGAUGUACGACCACGCAGAGCUGAUGGAGGCUUACAAGGGUGCCGGCCUUGACCCCAAGCCUUACUACUGGUACACUGAUCAGCGGCUGUAUGGUUCAGUGCCACAUGGUGGGUAUGGUCUUGGCCUGGAGAGGUUCCUUUGCUGGUUGGGGAACCGUUACCACAUCCGUGAGGCCUCUCUGUACCCAAGGUUUGUGGGUCGCUGCACGCCUUAGUGGCCCUCCGUGGCAGGUCACCAUGCAUGUGACGCGGUAAUGGUUAACCCUUGUCGAUUGUUUUCUUUAAUGAAUCUACCUUGGGUUCCUCAGUGAUAUUUAUUGAUUGUGGGGUGAAUGUCAAACCACUGUAUGAUUUGAGGAAGUAUGAUAGGGACCUUCUUGAAAUAUACUUUAUUCAAAUAAAUUUUUAAGUAAC